AUGAUGACGUCUAUUCUACGGUCCUUACCCCUGCUCGGACGAAGAUGGACACCACUUAACUUCUCGAACCCGAACUUCGUCCGGAUACCUGCAAGCCAGGCAAUUGAAGAGGAGACCAUCCCUGGUUAUGUUGCUACCCGGUACUACCCUACUACAAUAGGAGAAAUCCUUAAGAGCCGAUAUCAAUACAGCUGCUGUCGUUAUGUUACCCUCAAGAUAUUCAUCAAGUCUGCAUCAUUAGGGAAGCAACUAGAUGACGAGCUCAACAUAUAUAAACGCAUGGGAGGAGCCUCACAAAAACAUCCUGGUCAUAAAUAUGUCAGAUCGUUGCUCGACUCGUUUGAUAUUGAUGGACCUGAAGACAAACAUCGGUGCCUCGUGCACCCUCCCUUAUGGGAGAGUGUGUUGGCUUUUCUAUUUCACAACCCGAUACGGAGACUGCCUACACCAGUUCUAGUUGUUGUGCUUCACCGUCUGUUUUUGGCACUGGACUACCUACAUACAGAAUGCAAGAUUAUACAUACUGACAUUAAGGCCGACAAUAUCAUGUUUAGCAUCGCCGAUGAUUCAGUUUUUAGUGAUUUUGAAGAGAAUGAGCUUCGGGACCCCUGUCCUAGGAAAGAGGUAGCCGGAAGGACAAUUUACAUUUCCCGGGAACUUAGAAUACCUAAGAAAUUAGGUGCCCCGGUCCUAUGCGACUUUGGCUCGGCCGUACUCGGUGAUGAGAAGCACUCGGAAGACAUACAACCUGAUAUCUAUCGAGCACCAGAGGUAAUUUUGGAAGUUGCGUGGACAUACAGCGUUGAUAUAUGGAAUGUGGGAUGCAUGAUUUGGAAUAUAUUUGAAGGCGGGUCCUUGUUCACUGGCCAGGACCCAGAAUUUCAGACUUACCGGAGUCGAGCACACCUCGCCGAAAUGAUACGUCUUCUCGGCCCGCCGCCGCCUAGUCUUCUUGCACGAGGGAAUCUGACCCAAAAAUUCUUUUCGAAGGAAGGUGACUUCUGCGCGGGAAUUCCAGUACAAGAACAUACUCCGCUCGAAGAGAGGGAAACUACUCUUGAGGGACAGGAAAAGGAGAAGUUCCUCUGCCUCGUACGAAAGAUGUUACAGUGGGAGCCAGGAAAACGAAGCUCUGCUAAGGAACUCGAAAAGGAUGAGUGGUUGCAAACAGAACUACAUAAAUAG